AUGCCGUACACCUCCAUCACAAUCAUCAUAGCCCCCUACCACACCGGCCUCUACAACCACCGCGUCGGCUCCGGGCCCCUGCGCAUCCUCUCCCACAACCUCGCCUCCAAGCUCGAGGCCCUCGCCCCCAUCUCCUUCACCAACAUCGGCCCCGUGGACGCCUUCGAGGGCGAGAUCGGGCGCACCUUCGAAGUCCUGCGGCGCAUCGCCACCGCCGUCGCCGCAGCUGCCUCGCGCCGCUCGUUCCCGCUCGUGCUUUCAGGGAACUGCAACGCUAGCGCCGCUGUCGCGGCUGGGUUGCACUCCUCCGUGCCGGAUUUGAAUGUGUUGUGGAUCGACGCGCAUGAUGAUUUGGAUACACCCGAUACGAAUGUCAACGGGUACCUUGACGCGAUGGCCGCGUCGAUGAUGUGCGGGCGUAGCUGGGCUGCGCUGAUGGCCUCUGUGCCGGGACAUGUUCCCGUGAGUUUGGAGAGGGUUGCGUACUGCGGGUUGCGGGACGUGAGCGACGCGCAAAGGAGAGCUGUGAAGGAGGCGGGGGUUGAUGUCAUCUGGGGCGAUGCGCGGAAGAAGGUUGCGUUUGGGAGGGAGCUGGACGGGAUGUUGCAGCGGAAGGGGUUCAAGAGGACGCAUGUGCAUCUGGAUCUGGAUGUGUUGGACGAGUCGUUGGGGAGGGUGAAUGAGUGGCCGUCGCCUGGGGGGCUGGAUGAGAGGGACUUGGUGGAAGUUAUGGAGGUCAUACCGCGGCGGACGGAGCCGACGAGUUUGGUGGUGUGUUCAUUUGAUGCGAGGUUGGAGGGGGGAGAUACGGUUGCGAGGCUUGCGGGCGAUGGGAUUGUAAGGUUUGUGGAGGGGUUGAAGGAGCGUGGGAGCCUGAAGGUUGGAGAAGCAUGA